UUCAUUGUUAAGUUGCUCAACAGCUGGUAUUAUGAACAUUUUAGGGGGUUUGUUUUGGAGCACUCUGGGAAGGUGACCCUGCUCGGCAUAGAGCAACUUAGUGAUACAUACCCACUGACACCAUACUAUGUGGGAGGGAAAUGCAUGGUCAGUUUAAAACGACAUGUUAUUAUCCAGUAUUAGGUCAGUAAAAGCUGUAUUUGUUUUUGUACAGAUGGACCCUGUUGUUCUGAAGGUGAUUAUUGAUCAUCAUAGUGAGAAGCUCACACUGUCACCAGGGAUUCCAGAUACAGUGGAGCAAUUGCAUAAGACUGUGAAGGACACAUUUCAGAUUCAUGAAGAAUUCACUCUUCAUUACCUUGACGAGGACUUUGGAGAUUUCUUCACAAUUCAUUCUACUAAGGACGUUAAACAUAAGGGAACAAUCAAAGUGGUUGUCAUUCCUUCCAUAGUGCUCACAACGGUACCACCAGAGACUGAAAAUGUGGCAGAUGUAAGUGAUGUGAGUGACACUUCCAGCUUUACUUCAAAAACGUUGCCUUCACAGUCAUCCUGUAGUUCUGUAGACUACCAGUCAGAUGGCUCAUCGGUGUCAUCACAAGAUACUAUAUUGUUGAGCCCUGAACGGGCAUUGUGGCCAAGUGAAGUUGAAAUUCCACUUUUUUCAGUUGCAACAGAGGCAGUACUCAGGAAUGCAAAUGAACUGUUUUUGAAAGAUGGCACUGUCCUCAACAACACCCGGGUCAAGUCUGAAAUAAUGGAAAAGCUGUCAGAUUACAUGUACAUUUACACUGCCUAUCCUACAGGCCUUCAGGUUGGACAGGUUGCAGAAGCCUUAGUCCAAAAACAUCCAUGUCUAACAGAACCCGGAAGUCGCAACGGAUGGAUUGGAUGGAUGUACAGCCUCAAAUACAAAAUGGGAAAUUAUAGGUCCAAGUUAAGAAAUCUUGGAUUUCCUGAAGUCACGUGCAAUUCUCUUAAAAACAAACGUCCUGGUGAGAGGAAACCAGCCCAAAAUGUUAAAAAGGCACGCAAAGGGGAAGUGAUGUAUCUCCCACAUUAUCCUUCAGGAGAAAGCUCUGAACAACAAGAGGCACAGCGGCUAACAAUCCUGUCCGAACUAAAGAAGAGAGAGAGGGCGACCGUCAGCCAAUUGAUGUCCAACACUUUUGCUCAUAGAAGACAGGAUGUUGUCAGUCUUCAACUGAGCAUCAGAGAGAUCAAAGAAAGGUGGCCUGCCUUGUUUGACAUGUCACAGGUCAACGCAGAGUUCCAUCGAAUAACCACCAUAAAUCUUGAGGCCAAAUUCAUGUUCAAGUUGGACCACUACACCCCGAAACUCCUUGCCAUCUUCCAGGCCAAGAAAGGUGCUGCUGCAGAGAGACAUCGUGCAGAGAUGAAUAUUCUACUGCAGAGUGGAAUUCCUAUUGAGAAAACUAGAGAAGUUGUCAUCAGAUGCCUCAUUGAUCACCUGGGAGAAGAUGUCAGUGCCUUAAUCAAGGAGUUUGAGACUUCUGGUGACUCAGCCAUCGAUGUGGAAGAAGAGCUCGGAGCAGAAAUGAUGGCUCAAUGGACAAAUCGUGGACGUAGGAAUCGUCAUCGAGGGUUCCAUUGUACUCAACCACCAUGA